UCUCCGCGUGCUACUCAUCAACCGUGACGUCAGGGCGGCGCGGGGGAGCUGUCCACCGCGGAGGGUGCUGCUGCUGCUGCUGCUGCUGAAACAAGAUGGCUGUGCGCGCAGGAGGAGCGGCGGAGGUGAGCUGAGGCAAUGCAGAGGAGGAAGAAGAGGGGGGCGAGGAAUUUACUCCCGCGUGUGUGUCUUGUCCUGCCAAAAGAGCAGCAGCUCCGCCGAGAAACAGACGCUCGCGCGCCGCAGAAAAGGAUGCGGGCUUGUUUCCGCCUCCUUUCAGAGUGACGGCUUUGAGUUGGGAUAUUUUGUAACCAGGAGACAAACGGACUGAGCAAACAAAUCACGGAGCACUCAGCGGAGGACAGCCGGGGAGGCUCGCGCCGCUAUCAGAGAUGUCCCUGCUGUGCGUGGGAGUGAAGAAAGCCAAGCUGGAUGGACCCCAAGAGAAAUUCAACACUUAUGUGACUCUGAAGGUGCAAAAUGUGAAGAGCACAACCAUCGCUGUCAGGGGCAACUCGCCCAGCUGGGAGCAGGACUUCAUGUUUGAAAUUAAUCGCCUGGACCUGGGCCUGACAGUGGAGAUGUGGAACAAAGGGUUAAUCUGGGACACCAUGGUCGGCACCGUGUGGAUCCCGCUCAGCAGCAUCCGACAGUCUAAUGAGGAGGGUCCCGGGGAGUGGCUCACGCUGGACUCCCAGGUCAUCAUGACUGAUAAUGAGAUCUGUGGCACCAAAGACCCCACGCUCCACCUGGUGCUGCUCGACACGCGCUUCGAGCUGCCUCUCGAUAUCCCAGAGGACGAGGCUCGGUACUGGGCCAAAAAACUGGAGCAGCUCAACGCCAUGAGGGACCAAGAUUACUCGUGCCAGGAGGAGCAGGAACGCCCUCUGCGUGUCCCAGGAACCCAGUGCUGUAACUGGAGCCUUUGGGGAGAGCAGCAAAACGAGGACCCGGACAGCGCGGUGGACGACAGGGACAGUGACUACCGCAGCGAGACCAGCAACAGCAUCCCCCCUCCCUACUACAGCACGUCCCAGCCCAACGCCUCCGUUCACCAGUACCCCAUCAGCCACCAGCACCGCAGCUCCCGGAGCCUCUCGUACCCGCGCUCGGGAAACGGCCACGAACUCGACUACCACCAUCAGAGGACUGUCAGUCCCACGGGGAGCUACGCAUCGUCCGCGGAGCUGAGUCGCUGCAGCAGCCAGCUCAGCGAGGAGGACUACGGCGGCGAGUACAGAGAGAGGGACCCGUACGACGAGAACGACUCGUACCACUCCUGCCACUCCUCGGUGAGCUACAGCAAAGGCUCCCCGGACUGGGACCCCGACGAGACCCAGGGGGCCUACAGCGACGAUGGCGGCUACAGCAAAGAUGGCGGGGAGGAGCGAGCGCUGUACGAGGAGGAGGGCGGGGGGCUGUACGAGGGGGAGGAGGAGGGCCUCUAUGAGGAUGAGGAGAUGAUGUAUGAUGAUGAGGACUUAUAUAAUUUGGAUGGGAACCUCAGUGAAGACAUAGAGCCUCCGUUCACCCCCACCCCGACGUCCACCGCCCCCCCUGCUCUGGAUGUAGUCACCUCCAGGCCCCCUCUAGAGAAACAAGCCUCUCUGAACCAACAGCAGCCCCCUGCUCAACCCCCCAACCAGGCUCAUCCUCCUGGACCGACCCCAGCAGCACACCCCUCCUCAGCUCAAGCACCAGCCCACCCCCCCAAACAGCCCCAGCCACAGCCUCAGCCUCAGCCGCAGCCGGCUCCGUCGGCCACCUCCUUCUUCUCCAUGGCCAAACCCCUAACAGCCGCAGUCACCGGCCUGGCCUCCACCUUCCUCUCUUCAGUUCCUGCUGCCCAGCCGGCGCAGCCUCACCCUCCAGCCUCGACCGCGCCCCACCCGCAGCAGGCCGCCCCCGUCAGCUCCGUCCCUCCAUCCCACCCAGCAACCGCCGCCAGCUCGGCCCCCCAGCCCCCCGCGGCUACCACAGGUCCUUCCUCCCAACGGAGCCAGGCCUCUGCACAGCCCCAGCCCCAGCCCAACGGGCCCAGCACCCCGUCGGAUGCCCUCGACGGCCGGGAUUUCCAGCUGGAUGAAGAACCGUGGCACGAAGAGGAAAUGGCUCUAGAGAAGAAGGCCAGGACGCCUCCCGCCCAGCCAGAGGAGACGCUGCCCGUGGAGGAGCAGGAGAAGAAUUAUGACGAGGCCGCACUCCCAGCGCCAGCCGACGAAAAAGAGAUGCCACCUGAGAGUCCUCCAGUCGUAGAGGAGCCCAAGGAGCCUGUUGAUCCAGCGGUCAGAGCCAAAGGAAACUGGCUGAGGAUCUACAACAAGGUCCUGGAGCAAGUUCGGGAGGCUCGAGGAGAGACCUCCAGCUCGCUGUGGUUUGGUAAAGGAGGAAUGGGAGGCGCACUCUACAGUAUUGACAGCAUGCCUGACCUUCGCAAGAGGAAAGCCAUUCCUCUAGUCAGAGAUCUGGCGAUGUCUCUGGUGCAGAACUCCCGUAAAGCUGGAAUCACGUCGGCCAUGGCUUCCACCACCCUCGGCAACGAGGAGCUGAAGAGCCACGUGUACAAAAAGACCCUGCAGGCUCUCAUAUACCCCAUCUCGUCGACGACGCCGCACAACUUUGAGGUGUGGACGGCCACCACCCCCACCUACUGCUACGAGUGCGAGGGGCUGCUGUGGGGCAUCGCUCGGCAAGGCAUGCGCUGCUCCGAGUGCGGCGUGAAGUGCCACGAAAAAUGCCAGGACCUGCUCAACGCCGACUGUCUGCAGAGAGCGGCAGAGAAGAGCUCCAAGCACGGGGCAGAGGACCGGACCCAGAACAUCAUCAUGGUCCUGAAGGAUCGCAUGAAGAUCCGAGAGAGGAACAAGCCAGAGAUCUUUGAGCUGAUACAGGAAGUGUUUGCCCUCGACAAAGCCACACACGCCACACACAUGAAGCAGAUCAAGCAGAGUGUGCUUGAUGGGACGUCCAAAUGGUCAGCAAAGAUCAGCAUCACUGUGGCAUGUGCUCAGGGCCUCCAGGCCAAAGAUAAAACAGGCUCCAGUGACCCGUACGUCACUGUUCAAGUUGGGAAGACCAAGAAAAGGACCAAGACAAUCUACGGCAACCUCAACCCUGUCUGGGAGGAAAGCUUCCACUUCGAAUGCCACAACUCCUCCGACCGCAUCAAGGUCCGCGUGUGGGACGAGGACGACGACAUCAAGUCCCGCGUGAAGCAGAGGUUCAAGCGUGAGAGCGACGACUUCCUGGGCCAGACCAUCAUAGAAGUGCGAACUCUGAGCGGGGAGAUGGACGUCUGGUACAACCUGGAUAAGAGGACAGAUAAAUCUGCCGUGUCCGGGGCCAUUCGGAUGCACAUCAGUGUGGAGAUCAAAGGAGAGGAGACGGUGGCUCCUUAUCACGUCCAGUACACCUGUCUACAUGAGCACCUGUUCCAGUACACGACCGAGGAGCAGAACAGCGGCGUGGUGAAGAUCCCCGACGCCAAAGGGGACGACGCCUGGAAGGUGUACUUCGACGAGACGGCCCAGGAGAUAGUGGACGAGUUUGCCAUGAGAUACGGAGUGGAGUCCAUCUACCAGGCCAUGACCCACUUCGCCUGCUUGUCAUCCAAGUACAUGUGUCCAGGGGUGCCAGCAGUGAUGAGCACCCUGCUGGCCAACAUCAACGCCUACUACGCCCACACCACCCAGUCCUCCAACAACGUUUCUGCCUCUGACAGAUUCGCUGCAUCAAACUUUGGCAAGGAGAGGUUUGUCAAACUGCUGGAUCAGCUGCACAACUCCCUGAGGAUCGACCUGUCCAUGUACCGGAAUAACUUCCCAGCCAGCAGUCCUGAAAGACUGCAAGACCUGAAGUCUACGGUGGAUCUCCUGACCAGCAUAACGUUCUUCAGGAUGAAGGUCCAGGAGCUGCAGAGUCCCCCCAGGGCGAGCCAGGUGGUGAAGGACUGCGUGAAGGCCUGUCUCAACUCCACCUAUGAGUACAUAUUCAAUAACUGUCACGACCUCUACAACAGGGAAUAUCAGACAGACCCUUCAAAGGCAGUUCCUCCAGAAGAGCAGGGCCCCAGUGUCAAAAACCUGGACUUCUGGUCCAAACUCAUCACUCUCAUCGUCUCCAUCAUAGAGGAGGACAAAAACUCCUACACUCCUUGUCUUAAUCAGUUCCCGCAGGAGCUGAACGUGGGCAAGAUCAGCGCAGAGGUCAUGUGGAAUAUGUUCGCACAAGAUAUGAAAUACGCCAUGGAGGAGCACGAGAAGCAGCGCCUGUGCAAGAGCGCCGACUACAUGAACCUGCACUUCAAGGUCAAGUGGCUGUACAACGAGUACUGCAAGGAGCUGCCCACCUUCCAGAAGCACGUGCCUGAUUACCCAGCGUGGUUUGAGCCGUUUGUCAUCAUGUGGUUGGACGAGAACGAGGAAGUGUCCCGAGACUUUCUCCACGGGGCCCUGGAGAGGGACAAAAAAGACGGGUUCCAGGUCACGUCGGAGCACGCGCUGUUCUCCUGCUCCGUGGUGGACGUGUUCUCUCAGCUAAACCAGAGCUUUGAAAUCAUCCGCAAGCUAGAGUGUCCAGACCCACAGAUCGUUGGAAACUACAUGAAGAGAUUUGCCAAGACCAUCGGUAAUGUCCUGUUGUCUUAUGCUGACAUCAUAGCAAAGGACUUUCCAAAUCAUGUCAAGAAGGAGAAAGUGCCAUGUAUCAUCAUCAAUAACAUCCAGCAGCUCCGAGUCCAGCUGGAGAAAAUGUUUGAGGCCAUGGGAGGCAAAGAUCUCAACCUGGAGGCGAGCGACUUCCUCAAGGAGCUGCAGAACAAGCUCAACAGCGUCAUGGACGACCUGAGCCACAUCUUUGCCGUCAGCUUCCAGCCUCAGAUCGAGGACAACGUGAGGCAGAUGGGGGACAUCCUGGCUCAGGUCAAAGGGCAGACGGUCCCGGCAAACGGCAGCGUGGUUCAAGAGGCCGACAACGUCCUGCAGCCCAUCAUGGACUUCCUGGACAGCAACCUGUCGCUGUUUGCUAAGAUCUGUGAGAAGACGGUUCUGAAGCGGGUGCUGAAGGAGCUCUGGAAGCUGGUGAUGAACACCAUGGAGAAAACAAUCGUGCUCCCGACGCUCACCGACCAGACGGGCACCCAGAUGAUCUUCAAUGCUGCCAAGGAGCUGGGUCAGCUUUCAAAGCUUAAGGAGCACAUGGGGCGUGAGGAGGCCAAGGCCUUGACUCCCAAACAGUGUGCGGUGAUCGAGCUGGCUCUGGACACUAUCAAGCAAUACUUCCACGCCGGCGGCGUCGGCCUGAAGAAGACCUUCUUGGAGAAGAGUCCGGACCUGCAGUCGCUGCGCUACGCCUUGUCUCUGUACACGCAGGCCACAGACAAGCUCAUCAGGAAGUUUGUUCUGUCUCAGAACACUCAGACUCACGGAGGGAAGGGGAUCAGAUACACGGCAAAUGAAGACACGCCACCAGAGAAAGCGUCUGGAGUGGACGCUGUUGGCGAGGUGGUCAUGCACGUGGACAUCUUGCCCCAGCCUAACGGAGAACACAAGAUCAGCGUCAAAGUGGUGGCCGCCAACGACCUGAAGUGGAAGGCUCAGGGCUUCAGGCCGUUCGUGGAGGUCUACAUCAUCGGGCCUCACCUCAGCGACAAGAAGAGGAAGUUCGCAACCAAGUCUAAGAACAACACCUGGUCGCCAAAGUUCAACGAGAGCUUCCAGUACUCCCUGGGCACGGAGGUGGGUCCGGAGAGCUACGAGCUGCAGGUGUGCGUGAAGGACUACUGCUUCGCCCGGGAGGACCGCACCGUGGGCAUGGCCGUGCUGCAGGUGAAGGACAUAGCCAACAAGAGCAGCGUGACCUGCUGGCUGCCGCUGGGCCGCCGCGUGCACAUGGACGAGACGGGCCUCACCGUGCUGCGCAUCCUGUCGCAGCGGAACAACGACGACGUGGCCAAGGAGUUCGUCAAGCUCAAGUCGGACCAGCGCUCGGCCGAGGAGGGCCACAGCUGAGGGCCGCGGUGGAGCGCGCACACGUAGGCCUCGCACCCACCCACCCACACAGACAGACAGACACACAAGCACACGGUCAUUAUAUCCACGUACAUCCACCGGUAUCUAUCCUGCAAUAUUAUCCCUGCAAACACCCUGCAAAGGAAUUGAUUUGUUUCAUUUGGGAUAUUUUGGCUAGGUCAGCGCUACGUUAGCAGCCACUUCCUGUCGCCUCCCCUUUUCUUAUAACAUGUCACACUUUUUAUACGCCGUACAUUUAGCGAAACAAUGCAACACAGAACAACACGACCUUGUGAAUAGUUUGACGAAGACCACUUUGCACUUUUGCGUCUCCGCGUCCUAAGGAGAGCUUCGCUACGCUGUCCGUCCAUCCGUCCGUCCGUCCGUCUGCCCGCUUGCCUGCCUGACUGUGUCGUUCGUCCACUCCCGCACUCCCGUCUCUUCCUCGUUUUUUUUUUUUUUUUUUCAAUUUGUUUGUGUAAGUUGGAGCACAGAUCUGAGAUCAGCAACCUGAUGCCCUGAAGAUUUGAAAAAAAGAAAAGGAAACCCACACAACAUUGACCUUAGAUCAGUGUCCAGGGGCAACGUCUCUGCUGGUCUGUCCUAUAUUGUACUAACGUCCUGCAUGUUGACCCCAGGAUCACUGUGACUCACCUCUCCCUCCCACAUAAAAGAUGGGUGCCUCUAAUAUGUUACUUGUGUGAGCAUGGUGCACACUGUAUAAGGUUUUAUAAACGAAUCGAGGACAACACGCACCCACAGUGUUGAACGGAUGGUUGGUCCUGGUAGAGACAUUGUGGCCAUUGUGCAUUUUUAUGAAAGCUUCAUGUGACGGCCAACGGCAGCAAUACCCACGUCUAACACAGCCACACCGCUACAAUGCACAUGAACUCCAAACAAGGGCUACAGGACCGGUGGACUGGGAUGUCAGUUUACGCUCUACAACGGACUGUCCAUGCUUCUGCGUGCCCCCCGCCCGCUCUGCUUCCACACCAUCACCAAGCCAUGGUCCAGAAAGUAAUUCAUGAGCGACACCGUGGACGACGAUGAAGCGAAUCCACACAGACACACGCAGGCCGAAGCGCUUUCCUCCUGAUGAGUCCAUUACUUUAAGGCAAUAGGGGUUUGUUUUUAUAUGUUCACAGAAGCUCGCGGUUUUUUUAAGAAGAGCAAACCCUCCGUGAAUGUGUGUGUGUGUGUGUGUGUGUGUGUGUGUGUGUGUGUCUUACUGUCAUGCCUGCAAAAUGGCCUCUUAAAAUUGUGAGCAAUAUAUUGCACCUACACGCCCGAACUCUGCGCUGUCAGCACCAAACUGCAAAAUCAACCACCGAGGAGCGGGAAAGCCAUUCCGCUUCGGAAUUCCUAAAUCACACUCCGCUUUUGGACUCAUGCGUGUUUGACAUGUGGACACUUUCCUUCCGAUAUUCUGAAUGACAGAACUGAAAAAAAAACAUGUUUGUCCUUUAAAUUCCUGUUUGCCUCUACUAAACCAAAUUUGCACAAACAAAUGAUUUUUUUUUUUUUAAAGAACGAAGCCAUCGGUGUCACCGCCAAGCUUUUAAGUUGUUCAAAUAUUAGCCUUGUCGCGUGCGUUAAUUCGCUUCUUUACCUGUAGCCCAGCUCGUCUUGUGGUCUGUCUGUGAAUCUUGACGUUGUCGGCGACGGUGAGUAAACGCUGCAGGACGUCUUAGCUGACAUCAGGGCUGAUGUGUCACGCGCCACACGCACAUGCUGAAAACUGUUUAACGCUACCAAAAACUAUGUUCUGAAUGUCGUUUAUUCUCAGCAGAGCCUUUUUUUCUAACAUCAAAGGGACGUUAAACCCAAAAAUAACUUAUUGCCUAUUAAUGCCUUUGAUUUCGGCCUGUAACUAAAUUAUUGAUUUCAACGUUCAGAUACGCUUGAUAUUUGGGUGAACUCGCCUUUUCUCUCUCUCUCUCUUUCUCCAUCUUUGUGGCAUUUAACCCACAGUUAGGUUGUUUUUAAUACAUGAGUGUGAUUCCAGGGCUCCAGACAAAGCUCCAUCGUGUCAGGCUUUAGUUGAACAUUAUCCUGUUUAGGCUCUGCUUCAUCUGUGUUCGUAUACAGGCACACACACACACACACACACACACACACACUCAGCCAAACACCCACCUCUGCUCAAGCACAAAAGGGCACAUGUAAGAUGACACACAUGCAUGCACGCACGCCGACACGACACCGUGGAGACCGACGUUUUCCACCCUGUGAAUAGAACCAACUUACAAUUGCAUGAUGGGAAACUUUAUUGUGCCAGCACGUGUCUCUUUGAUGUUACUCGACUUUCCUUUUCCUCGUUUUUUAAUUCCAAGUCAUGUUACGGUAACUCAUCAAUGUCCUUUGAGUUUUGCAAAAGGUUUGUGAAUACUUCUCCUGUAACCAAUAUGAACGUAGUGUGAACACAAAACUCGCAUGAGAGAAUUAUUUUCUACAGAGAAUGUUUCUAAUUUGUUUCUUAUCAUCAUUAAUUGUUCUUUAAUGAGGUUGAUGUGGAACUGGAAUGCAACCGACUGUGAUUGGCUUCCUAUUAAAAGGACAUCGGUGUCACAAUCUGAA